ACUCACAAGACAAAACCAGACCUCGAGGCUCUUGAGUCUCACCGCACUGAUGACAAACACACGGAUAAACCAAGAUAUGAUUAUUUUUCGCAGACGAGAGACGAGACGCGAUUUCCUGAUCAGCCACGAUCCCUGUGAGCCGCGUUAAAAUGCGCAUUCACGCUGAGCUGCCAGUUUCCUCCGGAGGAGGACGGAGCCGCUCCAGGCUCAAUUACAUGCGCAGUCCUGCCGUGAAUCACACAUCACCACGGCAACCGGCGUUCACAGCGAGUCCCCGUCAGCAUCAGUGAGGUCCGUUCCCAUCCACGGGCGACAGGAGAGCACGGAAAGCCACGAGCGAGUAGAGACCCCUCUGCUGCUGUAGAGGAGGACAGAAGACAGGCUGAGGAGUAGAGAAAAGAGGCAGAGGUGGCAGUCAAAAACAAGCCAAAAGGAUCCACAAGCAGCGCCGUCACGUUUGGUUCCAAGGCACACAGUCUGAGUCAGUCUGACCUGAGCCGUCUGUCCCUGCUCUCUAGAUUAGUGCAGGCAUUUUCAGGCAGCCAAGCAGCUAUGGUGAAGCUGGGUAGCAAUCUGUCUGAUAAGAUGGAGAAGCAGCCUUCUGCGGACGACGGCUUUGAUAACAUCCCUCUCAUCACACCCCUGGAGGUCAACCAGCUCCAGCAGCCGUUCGCAGAAAAGGUCAUUGUGAAGACAUCCACCCAAUAUGAGAUACAGCAGAAGAAGAAGAACAAGCUCUAUGCGCCUAACAUCAAGAAGCUGAAUAUCAACUUCUACAGUGAUGUUUCAGAUAAAGCCAAGAUCACAGGUCUGAUCCUCAUCACUUUGGCCUUCCUGACCAGCCUGCUCCUCCUGCUUAUGUACAAAGCUAUGUGGUAUGACCAACUGACCUGUCCAGAGGGUUUCAUCCUUAAGCAGAAGCACUGCACCCCAGCAGCUCUGGAGAUGUACUACACAGAGCAACAGCAGCAGCAGCAGCAGCAGGAGCAACAGCAGCAGCAGCAACCAGGCCUCCACAGCAGCACCAACACCAGGCUGUAUGCUGCCCUCAGCCACCUUAACCAGGUCAAGAGGACUGGGCCUGAGCUGCCACGCCCAUGGUUACCUGUCAUCACCGCUCUGAAGGAGGCUGAACUGGCCAAACAAGGCAGUGAGCUGCCAAAAGGAGUGCUGCAGGGAGAAGAGUGAAGAGGCUGACAGAAAUGCAGGUGUUAGAGGAGGAAAUGAUGAUGGGGAGGUAACAUAGGUUAUUGUGUGUGUGUGUGUGUGUGUUUUCACAAUUUUUUUUCCCUUCCCUCCAUCCAGUCCAUUGAAUCACUUGUUUAUACUGGUGCUCCAAAACCUUAAAGGUGUCUGUAUAGCUACUGAAAAUUUAAAUCAUCAGUAUAAACCAUAAGUUUACCCAACUUUGAUCCUGUUAUAUUCUGUUCAUAUUUAAUACGAAUUAAUACCCAACUGUGGUGGUGUGCGUGUGUGUGUCAGGGUGUAUGUGGCGAGAUGUUAGAGGUUAGAGGCGGCAAUGUUAUUAAAGUGUUGGAGAAUGUGCCUGACUUUUACAGUGUUACUGAAUCAUGACUAAACUUUGCCAUCUGUAUAUGUAUGUGUGAGUGUUUGUGUGUGUGUGUGCACUCAUGUAAACUCGUGCACUCUGUACGCUGUAAAUGCUCUCAUAUGUAUGAGUGCAUAUGUACUGUAUAUAUACUUGCAGGCAUUUGCACUGUGUGCGUAUAUUUGUGUACUUGUCUGAGAAAUUUGGAGGUGAGAGAAGCAAGGCGAGAGCUCUGAGUGAGAACUGAAGAUAACAAGUUUUUAAUGAGAUGAGAAGUCUCUCUUCAUUGCUCCCUCUCGUUAUCUCACCAUCUAUUCAUUUAGUUUUAAUGGAGAGCGUAUGAAAUCAUCAACGAAUGUACUCACUGUUCAACCAUUAAGACAAGGAAAUAUAAUUGACCGUUUUAAUUUUGGCUGAAAUGAAUUGAGUCCACAUCUUAUUAUCUCAAGACCAUAAUUUGCAGUUCUGCGUGCGUCUUCAGUAAAAGUCAGAGAAAAUUGUGUGUUUAAAGUCAAAGCACGCAGGCUGUUUUAAAACUGACUCACACAGUGGCUUUGGAAAUUAUUAAAAACUAAAAACCACAUGCAAACAUACUUUUAUCAUCUUUAUGCCAUUGCGGGUUAUUGUGUAUAAAGGAAAUCAUCAAAAAAGUUAAUUAAAUCUAUUUAAAAUGAAUAGCACAUAUAACACACUGAAGUGUGCAACAAAUAAAAGGGGCUGAAAACCUCCUGAAACUCCUGAACAAUUCUUCAUUUGAAGACGCUUGUUCUUCUACAUCAUAUGUGAGCUGCUAACUGGAAUUGUAGAGAAAACCUGAGAGCCUUUACUGUAUUACUACAAAAAACCCUACAUGUCAUAUAUGUAAGCUGAUUGUAAAAACUCUGCUCCAUCUGAGUUUUCUGACUGAACUUGUAUUUGAUUUAUGUUGCUGUAAGUAUUGUGUGAUGAUCACAUACAGUAUAACCACAGGGAUAACCCAUCGUGAUCCUUUUAUGAAUGUAUGCGGUAGCUGCUCCAAUAAUGCAGUAGAUGUAAUUCAUGCUUAUAAUGUACUACCUAAAACCUUCUAUUGUCUUCACAUUUUUCUAUUUAUUUUAUUAACAGAGUAUUUAUGUGUAUUAGUUGGUGUUUUUUCGACAGUAAUGUUGCAUUAGCAAAUCUUUCUUGGCUAAGUAUGAAAGGUUCUUUUCCAAUUUAUUCUCAUUUUUAUAGAAAAAAAAUAUCUGAAGCAAAUAUUGUUUUUCUUCAGCUGUCAUCAGAUAUUAUCCACAAUUCUCAGAGAAAUCUUGUAAGUUGUGCUGUUUGUCUGCCAUCACUUGUUUAGAGACACCUUUUCCCUUUGUAUUUCCUUGCAUUCAUAGAGUCACUCAUUGUUCAAGUGACAGAUCUCUUACCCUGGAACAAAACUCUUCAUGUGAGAAAGACGAAUGUGAGAUCACAGCACAGCUUGUUCCUUUGGGUUCAAGUGCCAGACAUUUACAUCAGACCCAUUUGCUGUGAUGUCACUGACUGAACAAAAAUAAAUGACUGAAGUGUCGAGUUCUGUCAUUCACAACUGCUGACUUUGAGUCAUUGCCUCUAAUGACCUGACACUGAUGAAAUGUUGGUGGCUGGAUUGAAUAGAAAACAUUUAUUGGGUGUUUUUAACCCUACACAAGCCAAACACAAUGACCAUUACAUACCAUGAGCUCAUGAAAUGUCUCCUCAUAGUAAUGAAUUAAGUGAAUAAAUGCUGUGGACAAAAA